UGAGCAUUCUCACUCUCUCUCAACAAAAAAAACCCUUCAUUUUCACUUCCCUCCACAGAUCUCCAAAAUUUCAACUUACCAAACCCUAAUUUGCUUCCAUAAUAGUCUAUUUCUAAAGUAUGAUGAUCGAAUGUCUGCCGAUGAUAUAGAAUCUUCGGGAAUCUGCAGCUUCAUGGACUCGCAACCACCUUACUAUGCCUGAGCUGCGUAGCAGACCUCGCAGAAAUUGGGCCUCUCUAACAACCCUAACCCGAAUCAGUCUCCUAUAAAGCUCACUGUGCAGGCUGGCCAGAAUAGAACUGCCUAGAGGAGGAGGAAAAGAGACACGAUCGCUGUUGUUGAGCAGGAAAAACAAGGAGAAUAUUGUGAGAGAAAAAGAUUUUGUUCAUAACAAGGUAUUUGAGGAAGAGGCGGCGGCUAGAGUUUUGAAAGGACUUUGCGGGGAAAAUGGAUGAGUAUGACAGUGGUGGCCGGAGCGGGGAUAAGGGCGCAGGAGCUGAUGAUGAGGGCAGCAGAGCUCCUCUUCCUGAGAAGGUCCAGGUUGGUGGUUCCCCAACUUACAGGAUAGGUAGAAAACUGGGGAAAGGAGGUUUUGGGCAAGUAUACGUUGGUAGAAGAGUCAGCCCCUCCCCAAAGAAUGAAAGAACUGGACCUGGUGCUUUAGAGGUAGCAUUGAAAUUUGAGCAUAGAAGCAGCAAAGGGUGCAAUUAUGGACCACCUUAUGAGUGGCAAGUGUAUGGUGCGCUUGGUGGCAGUCAUGGUGUGCCACGAGUUCAUUAUAAGGGUAGGCAAGGUGACUACUAUGUCAUGGUAAUGGAUAUACUUGGGCCUAGCUUAUGGGAUGUUUGGAAUAAUAACUCACACACGAUGUCUAUCGAAAUGGUUGCAUGCAUAGCUAUUGAAGCAAUCUCAAUACUGGAGAAAAUCCACUCAAGAGGGUAUGUGCAUGGUGACGUGAAGCCUGAGAAUUUUUUGCUUGGCCCACCUGGAACUCCUGAUGAGAAAAAAUUGUUUCUUGUUGACCUUGGGUUAGCUACCAGGUGGCGAGAUAGUUCAACUGGCUUACAUGUUGAAUAUGAUCAACGUCCAGAUGUUUUCAGGGGAACAGUGCGGUAUGCUAGUGUGCAUGCUCAUCUUGGUAGAACUGGUAGCAGGAGAGAUGACUUGGAAUCACUUGCUUACACCCUUAUUUUUCUUCUCCGUAGCAGACUGCCUUGGCAAGGGUAUCAGGGAGAAAAUAAAGGCUUCCUGGUUUGCAAGAAGAAGAUGGUCACUUCCCCCGAAACUUUGUGUUGCUUCUGUCCGCAGCCGUUUCGACAGUUUGUUGAGUACGUGGUGAAUUUGAAAUUUGACGAGGAACCCAACUAUGCCAAGUAUAUCUCAAUUUUUGAUGGCAUUGUUGGCCCAAAUCCAGAUAUUAGGCCUAUAAACACUGAUGGUGCUCAAAAGCUUAUAUAUCAAGUUGGACAGAAGAGAGGACGAUUGUCAAUGGAGGACGAAGAUGACGAGCAGCCAAAGAAAAAAGUUCGAAUCGGAAUGCCUGCAACACAGUGGAUUAGUGUUUACAAUGCUCGUCGACCUAUGAAGCAAAGAUAUCACUACAAUGUGGCAGAUGCGAGGCUCUCGCAACAUAUUGAGAAAGGAAAUGAAGAUGGAUUAUUUAUCAGCAGUGUGGCUUCUUGCUCAAACCUAUGGGCUCUAAUUAUGGAUGCUGGCACUGGCUUCACUACUCAAGUUUAUGAGCUCUCAUCUUACUUUCUUCACAAGGAGUGGAUUAUGGAACAAUGGGAGAAGAAUUACUAUAUCAGUGCAAUAGCUGGAGCUGACAAUGGGAGCUCAUUAGUUGUGAUGUCAAAGGGGACCCAGUAUCUGCAGCAGUCCUAUAAGGUCAGUGAUUCAUUUCCCUUUAAGUGGAUCAAUAAAAAAUGGAAGGAGGGUUUUUAUGUCACUUCCAUGGCCACUGCUGGUAGUCGAUGGGUAAUUGUUAUGUCUCGAGGUACACCGUUUUGUCACCAGGUUGUGGAAUUAGAUUUUCUGUAUCCUACUGAAGGUAUACACCGGAGGUGGGAUGGUGGCUACCGUAUCACAUCAACCGCAGCAACUUGCGAUCAGGCUGCUUUUGUUCUUAGUGUGCCAAGACGCAAACCUGCAGAUGAAACUCAGGAGACUCUUCGAACCUCAGCUUUCCCCAGUACACAUGUCAAGGAGAAAUGGGCAAAGAAUCUGUACAUUGCAUCCGUUUGCUAUGGUCGAACUGUAUCUUGAACAGCCAAAGUUUUUUGUAUCACUGAUGUUAUUCUGAAGAUGCGCUUUAUGACUCAUAAAACAGCUCUUGCAGCUAUGAGUUUCGGCACGAAAAAUCCUCCAGCAAAAUGACUCCCACGGCAUUUGGGAAUCUAUGUAUGCAAAAUUCUAAUUUAUUGUCACCAUCAUAUAACAUCUUGUAUGACCUGCUGUGCACUGUCUUGAAGUUUUUCAUCAAAAUGUGUACUAGCCUAAAUUUAGCUUUUUUGUUUUUAACUGGUUGUUGUCACCCAUAUUUAAAAGAUUUGUAUAGCUGGAACAAUCUUGGUUAAAGAAACGUGCACAGGUCAUCUUAUUGACUAGACUCUAGCCGAUUUGUCAUACUUUAUGUACUUAUCCCUUUCUCUGUCUCUGUUUUGCUUGUUCAGAGGAUGAAUAUGAUGAUUUAACCUUAUCGAAUGUGUGAAUUUGAGUGGAAUGAUAGCGAGAAUGUUAAGUAGUUUCUGUAGAUUAUAAAAAGUGAUUGUAAUGGUUUUUAUUAAUGCUUUUAGUUCGUGUCAUGCGUAAAUUUGUCUCCCUUGCAUCAAUGUGAUGCAUUGUUUCUAGGGAUUUAGGCAACAACCGUCCAUUGGAGCAGCAUAUGCAUCCUACUGGUUCUGUCUUUUUUGACCCAAAAUUCAGACAGGUUGCAUUCCAGUUCCUCUUUAUAUUUGCAUUUUCUUUUUCCCUGAUGAAUUUCAAUAUGAAGGAACUAGGAAGCGAUGUGGUUUUCACCUGACAUAAGCUGAAGAUCGUUUCAACUUUUAGGUAAUCAUGAUAUCUUCUGUGGGUGGCACUGAAUGAAAAAUGAUAUUGGUUGUGAUUGAGUCUCUUGCUGUAGUUCUGGAAAUAUUUAAGAUCUUAAAAUUGUGGUUCGGCUAUUUAUUGCCCAGGAGGCAGCAUUUUAAGAUUGUGCGGAUAACUUUUUCUUUGUAAAUUGACAUUUUUCGUCCAAUUCAAUUCUUGUAUUAGUCCUUUUGUCUUGACCUAAUUUAAAAACUCACCACAGCUCAGGCUGUUGUAUAUGGCAUUUUUGUUGUUGUUUUCGUAUGGAUUUGUUUCUUGAAUUUAGUUGGUUUUCACUGUAUUAGUUGAGUUACUAACAGCUUUUUCAUCAAGAUUGUGGAAGCGGACACUACGAAGGGAGCCUUCAUAUUUGGCCUUCAUUUUAGUAUGAGUUCUCUGGUUGCAUUUCUUAUAUAGGCUCUUUGGAAGAAAAUUCUGGUGCUUAUCAUGUCAUCGACAGCUGUCUGUAUAAACUUGACAAACAGGUACCAUCAUAGAUUCAAGUUCAUUGGAUUGUCACGUGGUACUUGAAUUGUUCUAAGCCUGUGGAGAGUUUUCUGAAUCGAAUACAUAACUGAAGAGACAUUGUCAGAAGCAAAAUAUCCUUUACUCUGAUGAAGGUUAAGUUGAUGAUAGCAACUGUGGUUAAGCUACGAUUGUUUCUACAACCAUUGCCACAGGAUAGAGCGAUGGGUCCUUUUCCAUCUGGUUUAUGGGACGGUGGGGAGUUGCAUAUUAUUUAAUAGUUUGCAGCCUUGUCCCUGAUGACCUGUUCCAUUUCCAAUUGAUUCUUGAUCUGUGAAUAUUUUACUUCUGCACAGAGCAGUAUCUACGAGAAAAUAUAGGAAGGGAUCUAACAGUUCAUACUU